AUGUAUUCCAUUAUGCAACAAUUCUCAUUAACCAAUCAUGUCGGGCGGAAUCGGUCCAUCGGCGACAUAACACUCCCGAGCGAAGACCACAACCACCCCGAAACCGCCAACGCCGCUCUCAACCCCGCGGGAAAACCCUCCGGCCUCUUCACCUUCCGCCAGCUCAACGCCCUGGCAAUCGGCGUCGUCCUCUCCGCCAGCGGCAUGCCCUUUGUCUUCGGAGAGAGCAACAAGCUCCUCAGCCUCUACGUGGCCGCGGGGGCCGCGAUCGGCCUCUUCCUCCCUAUCGCCUACAUAUUCGAGGGCGUAUUCGAAGGGGAUAAGGAGGGGAUCAAGGCCGCCGCGCCGCACGUGUUCCUCCUGGCGAGCCAAGUCUUUGUGGAGGGGUUGUCGUUCUCCGGCGGAUUCUCGCUGCCGAUCCGCGUGUUUGUGCCGGUUUUCUACAAUUCGCGGCGGAUCUUCACGAUCGUGGACUGGAUUAGAGGCGAGAUCUGGAAGGCGGACGGGAGGUAUGAGGGGAGUGCGAGGAGGCUGUAUGUGGGGAGAGCUCUGGCGGUCGCCAACAUGGCGUUUUGGUGCUUCAAUUUGUUUGGGUUUUUGCUGCCUGUUUAUCUGCCCAAGGCCUUCAGGAUUUACUACCAAUCAUCUCACAUCAAACCUAAUUAA